UCUGCCUUCAGUCUGUUCCAUUAGCCUACGUUUAGAGGAGAGUCAGCUCUGGAGAGUAAUAUUGUAAUGUAGCUAAUAUUGUGAAUUAAUAUAAAUUCGUUUUCUCUGAUGACCAAAAACAAAACAACCGAGCUCACAAAUCAAGCAAAGUUCUAAGAGGGAUGCACCCUAUUUAAUUAAGCUAUGACAACUCAACGGAAUUAAAAUUCUUUUUCAUCUGAUUUUUUUUUUUUUUUUUUUUUUUUUUGAGAAUGGAGAACUUCACAGUAUUCAACGAGACUCUGGAAACUUGGACUGACCGCAGUGUCGAAUACAAGGCGAUCAGCGUCCUGGUAGUUUUCCUCAUAUGCGCUCUCGGGAUAGUUGGAAACGUGAUGGUCAUCCUGGUGGUCCUCACCACCAAACAUAUGCGGACCCCGACCAAUGGCUAUCUGGUCAGUUUGGCUGUCGCAGACCUCAUGGUGUUGAUCGCAGCCGGUCUGCCGAGCAUAGCGGACAGUGUGUUCGGUUCGUGGAUUUUUGGGCACGCGGGGUGCUUGUGCAUCACAUACUUUCAGUAUCUAGGAAUCAACGCAUCCUCGUGCUCCAUAACAGCGUUCACUAUAGAGAGAUAUAUCGCCAUAUGUCACCCAAUCAAAGCGCAGUUUUUAUGCACGCUCUCGCGCGCGAAGAAGAUUAUUUUUGGAGUUUGGAUUUUCACAUCGCUUUACUGCGUAAUGUGGUUUUACCUGUCCGAUAUCCAACAGGUGCUCUACAGAGAUGUCACUAUAAUAACAUGCGCUUACAAAGUGUCCAGAAACCUUUACCUGCCCAUAUAUUUUUUCGAUUUUGGCAUAUUUUUUGUUCUGCCACUCACUCUUGCUACUGUCCUGUACGGCCUCAUUGCGAGAAUCUUGUUUCUUAAUCCUCUCCCGUCGGACCCCAAGGAGGACAAGAACGGGCAAGACAACUUCUUCAAAGCCCAAAAGAGCAAUAUCCAGAAUUCCAGCCGCUGCUCCAGCACGACUGCAGCAUCCAGAAGACAGGUUACAAAAAUGCUGGCAGUGGUGGUCGUUCUGUUCGCUGUGCUGUGGAUGCCGUACCGCACUCUGGUGGUAGUGAACUCCUUCCUGCAAGAGGCCUACCUGGAUACCUGGUUUCUGCUGUUCUGCCGCACAUGUGUCUACCUCAACAGCGCCAUUAACCCUCUAAUCUACAACGCUAUGUCUCAAAAGUUCCGCGCUGCCUUCAGAAGGCUCUGCCGAUGUGGACGCAAUGCCCAGAUGAACAAGGCAGCCUAUAGUGUUGCACUUACUUACAGUGUUGCCAAGGAAAUGUCAACGGUGGAAAGCACAGGGCAUUUUUCAACAGAGAUAGAUGAUUUGACACCAACAGACGAGCUGUUUCCUGAUAAGAAGCUUCUGUAUCCAGAGGACUGUGACUUUAGGAAGGGGACUUUCAUUCAGGCCUGAUAAACUCACAACAGCUACACCAUAAAUCUCUGAAUACUAGCGGUCUAACGUAACACUACACAUUGCCCUGCAGGGGCAGUACUUUGAAAGUUUCACUUUAUCUUUGUUUUGAAAAAGUCUCAGCAGUCAGAUUCAUCUUCCUGUCUUGUUCACUUGCCAAACAGCCUCUCAGAACUGUUCUGCUGAAAUGAAACCACUAUUAAGUUGCACAGCUGCAUUAUCUGCUGGAGUCAUGAUCCUUAAUUAAAAUUGCAUAUAUAAUGCAGGGUAAACUGACGUAUAUAAUGAUCUGAAAAUAUCUUUAGGGUUUGCCAUUGUGAUCAAAGAGUGGCUUUCUCUCCCUGCAGACCCCUGGGAAAAAAUGCUGAAACAUCUUUAUUUUGCAGUUGAAGUAGUUUCAAGAAUGUUCAGUGAGAGUUAACUUUUGUUUACACACCACUGUAUAGAAAUAUACAUUUAUA